UCCCACUCGCGAGUUGCGACCUCGCGAUGGCGACUCCACCCUCAUCCUCUUCUCCCUCCUCGCUCCUCCUCCUCCUCCUCCUCUUCUUCUUCUUCCUGCUCAUCUCUAGGGUUCGGGUGAGGCUAAGGGUUUGGGGGAAAUGCCGCGGCGGGGGAAGGUGGAGCUGCGGCGGAUCGAGGACAGGGCGAGUCGCCAUGUGCGGUUCUCGAAGCGGCGGAGCGGGCUCUUCAAGAAGGCCUUCGAGCUCGCCGUGCUCUGCGACGCCGAGGUCGGCCUCAUCGUCUUCUCCGCCGGUGGGAAGCUCUACGAGUACUCCAGCUCCUCCAGCAUACAAGAAACAUUUGGCCGCUAUCAGCAAUUUAUGAAAGCAGAAAGAGAAGUAAAUGAAGGGGAUGUCACUGCUGAUCUCGACCUCAACACUAUAGCGAGUGGAGACGAUGAUUCUUCCAGUUCAAAUAUCAAAUCCAAGCUAAUGAGUAUUGCCCAGUGGGCCUUCGAAGGAAAUAUUGACCAGCUGGACAGCAACGAACUUGGUCAGCUGGAGAGAGCAUUAAUUGAAGCAGUGAGACUGACAACAUCAAGAAAGAUUGCAGUAAAGGGGGGAGACGGAGAGAAUGUUGCGACGGUGGAGAGACAAAGAGAAUAGCCUUAAGACGUGAGAUCCUAACCAAAUAAUGGGUCAGACAAUAAUGACAACUAUCUUUUAGCAGUAUCGCGUGCAGAAAAGGAAGAGCAUCCCACCGCGAAAUUCAGGAUAAGUGCGAUUAUCGAAGGGGCAGCAAUUCGUGGUUGGCAGUUUGUUUCUUUUCAACAAAACUAGUUAGUCAGGUGUGCUUAGAGAAUUAUCUAAAUAAUUAGAACUCGAUUUAAAAAAUGCUCUGUACGAUUAUAAUGUCAUGCUAUGUCAUUUUCUAUUUGACGGCUGCCUAACGUGUGAUUUUGGAUUUCUAGCUGUAAUUUCAGGUUGUGUUAACAAAUUGCGUCUGGGAUUGCUAGUUCUAUUUGCAUUAUAGAGAGAGAGUAAAGCUAGAAUACUUAUAGAAGUAGAGAGAGAGAAAAGAGUAAAGCUAGAAUACUUUUAGAAGUAAUAUGAGAUGCACACUCUUGUAUUGUAUCUGCCUAAAUGGCAUUCAAAUCGACAAUCGAUAUCGUUAAAUA